AUGUGCCAUGAAAGAAUGGAGGAAGAUGUUUGCACUGAUAAUGAAGAUUCCGAUUGUGGUUUUGAUUUAGAGGAUAUGCUACGCCAUGUUGAACCAGAGGUGCUAACUGGUAGAUCACGAGGGUUGGAGGCAGCGAAAGAUCUUCUCUAUGAGGAAACGAAGGGAUGUGAUAAGGAUUUCACAGUGUUGCGUUCAGUGCUUGAGCUUUUGAGAUUGAAAGCUAAGCAUGGGUGGUCCGACACAAGUUUCAAUGAUCUCAUGAGUUUGUUGCGUGUAUUGAUUCCUAAGCCUAACUUUAUACCAUCGAAUACGUAUCACGCGAAGAAACUCAUUUGUCCUUUAUCUCUUGGUGUUGAAAAGAUUCAUGCUUGCAAGAAUCAUUGCAUUCUAUAUCGCAAAGAAUAUGCAGACUUGGAAAGUUGCCCAACGUGUGGCACAAGUCAGUACAAAACAGGAAAUGAGCCCGUUGAUACAGAGUGUAUCAAUACAGAUUCUAAUAAGGGUAAGCGUAGAAAGAUUCCCUCAAUGUUGAUGUGGUACUUACCUAUUAAGGACCGCCUGAAGCAUUUGGACUCCAACCCGACUGAUGCUGAGUUGAUGAGAUGGCAUCAAGAGAGCCGGAAGACAGAUGGCCCAAAGCAACCAGGAAUUGACAUAGAUGUUUUUCUUGAGCCUUUGAUGGAGGACAUGGAGGAGGUUCGGAAAGAUAGGUUACGACUGUGGGAUGAGUUUAAGCGGGAGCACUUUACUCUACAUGUGAUCAUAUUCGUUACCAUCAAUGAUCUACCUGCAAACUUUUCAUUAUCUGGGCAGAUUAAAGGAAAGACUGGAUGUCUCAUAUGUUUGGAUAAAACUUCGUACAAAUACCUUAUGUCGUCUAUGAAGACAGUGUAUAUGCGACAUCGACGGUUCUUGCCACAAAAACACAAGUACCGUAAGAUGAAAAGAUUGUUCGAUAAUACAGUGGAGAACGACACUGCUCCCAAAACACGAAGUGGUACAUACGUGUAUGAGAUAACAAAGAAGAUUAAGGUUGUAUAUGGCAAAGGAAAGAAAAAGACGGUUAAGAGGAAGAAAGAUUACUGGAAGGACCUAGAGAUUCGUCAUGCAAUUGAUGUUAUGGACCUCGAGAAGAACAUGUUUGACAGCAACAUUGGCAUCUUGCUAGACAUCCCAAGCAAGACGAAGGAUGGACUGAAGUCACGUAACGACCUUGCAGAUUUGGACAUAAGGCAUGACCUUCACCCAGUAAUGCUUCCAAAUGGAAAGAUUGAGAUUCCUCCUGCUUGUUACUCCUUGACACUGGAAGAGAAAGAAGCAUUCUGUAAAUGUUUACAGGGGUUAGAGUGCCUACUGGUUUCUCAUCGAAUAUCAGGAAGCUUGUCUCUGUGA